AUGGAAGCCGUCGGCGUCGCUCCUGCGCCCGUGGCGGCGCCGGAGAAGAAGAAGCUGCUUGACCUCAAGGACCCCUUCCCCGCCGCCGCCAACGGCAGAGCCAAGGCGUCCCCGGCGGGGAAGUGGGCGAUGAAGAAGAAGCUGGUGGGCGGCGACGCCGGCUACGUGCUCGAGGACGUGCCGCACCUCACGGAUUACUUGCCCCAGCUCCCGACAUACCCGAAUCCCCUCCAAGACAACCCGGCGUAUUCAGUCGUCAAGCAGUAUUUCGUCAACCCAGACGACACCGUCACGCAAAAGAUUGUUGUUCAUAAGACCAGUGCCAGGGGCACCCACUUCCGGCGUGCCGGGCCACGGCAGCGGGUGUACUUCCAGUCUGAUGAGGUGAACGCCGCCAUUGUCACCUGCGGUGGGCUUUGCCCCGGGUUGAACACGGUCAUCCGCGAGCUUGUUUGCGGGUUGUAUGAUAUGUAUGGUGUCACCAGCAUUGUUGGCAUAGAGGGUGGAUACAAGGGUUUCUAUUCUAAAAAUACUGUUCCGUUGACACCAAAGUCAGUGAACGACAUCCAUAAGAGAGGUGGGACUGUCCUUGGAACUUCAAGAGGAGGGCAUGACACUGCCAAAAUUGUUGAUUGUCUUCAGGACCGUGGUAUUAACCAGGUUUAUAUUAUUGGAGGUGAUGGUACUCAGAAAGGUGCUUCUGUAAUUUAUGAGGAAGUCCGUAGACGGGGCCUCAAAUGUUCUGUUGUUGGUAUCCCAAAGACCAUUGAUAAUGACAUCGCGGUGAUUGACAAGUCGUUUGGAUUUGACACUGCUGUGGAGGAGGCCCAGAGGGCCAUCAAUGCUGCUCAUGUUGAGGCUGAAAGUGCAGAGAAUGGCAUUGGUGUCGUGAAGCUAAUGGGUCGCAACAGUGGUUUUAUUGCGAUGUAUGCUACUCUAGCUAGCCGUGAUGUGGAUUGUUGUUUAAUCCCAGAGUCACCCUUCUACCUUGAAGGGAAGGGAGGACUCCUUGAGUUCAUUGAGAAACGGCUCAAGGACAAUGGUCAUAUGGUCAUUGUGGUGGCUGAGGGUGCUGGACAGGAUCUUAUCGCAAAAAGUAUGAAUUUCGUGGACACUCAAGAUGCUUCGGGAAAUAAGCUGCUUCUGGAUGUUGGCCUUUGGUUAUCCCAGAAGAUAAAGGAUCAUUUCAAGAAGAAGCCCAGCUUCCCGAUAACUCUCAAGUACAUUGACCCGACUUACAUGAUCCGUGCUGUCAGGUCAAAUGCUUCUGACAACGUCUACUGCACUCUGUUAGCCCACAGCGCCCUCCAUGGUGCCAUGGCGGGGUACACCGGCUUCACUGUCGCUCCAGUCAAUGGCAGACACGCUUACAUCCCGUUCUAUAGGAUCACCGAGAAGCAGAACAAGGUGGUGAUCACGGACCGGAUGUGGGCGAGGGUGCUGUGCUCGACGAACCAGCCCUGCUUCCUGAGCCACGAGGACGUGGAGAACAUGAAGCACGACGACGACGAGCACCACCUGCACAACACGCAGCUCCUGGAAGGCAAGAGCUCGCCGGUGAAGGACGCGUCCAAAUGCAAUGGGACAGGGUGA